ACAGAUCCACCCUCUCUCCCUCUCUACUACCUACCUAUUCGCAAGCACACAACAAGCUAGACGAAGAAACACGAGUGCACCACGCUAGGACGUCAUGGGAUACCCAUCGUGUAGACUUGGUUCGGCGGCGGGGCAAGCAAGCAUCAUCGUCGUCGCCGAGGCGGACGACCCCACCCUCGUUGAGCUGGAACGCCUCCCGAAGGACUCUUCCGAGGUCCUGUUUAGGGGUUCGACCAUCGAGGAGUUCUCUACGCCCGAAGGAAAGCGGGCCCUCGCCGAGGCUAACGUACUCCUCAAUUGUAUCGGUACGAAGGAUCUGCUGAGCCAGCUGUUUCCCCUGGCGCCCAAGCUGGCCUGGGUCCACAGCCGGUUAGUCGGAGUGGACGCCGCCCUUUUCCCGGCGCUAGUCGAGGCCGACCACGUCUCGUUGACCAACGCAAGAGGACUCUUCGCUUCUGCUCUCGCGGAGCACGUGGUGCUGUCUUGCCUGUACUUCGCGAAGGACGUCGACCGCUGGAAGCGGAACCAGAAGUGCCGCAAGUGGGAGCGCUAUCACGUCGCUGAGGUGUCCAGGACUACGCUUGGGAUUAUUGGGUAUGGAGACAUCGGGCGAGCAGCGGCCGUGAAAGCGAAGGCCAUGGGCAUGAAGAUCAUCGCCCAGAGGAGGAGGCCCGAACUCUCGAUCGGGGACGGCAUAGCCGAUCAAGUGUUUGGGGCCGGUCAGGUUGGCGAUGUGAUCGCACAAUCUGACUACAUCCUGGUUGCGGCCGCGUUGACGCCCGCUACCAUGGGGAUGGUGGGCGCGGAGGAGCUUUCAAGGGCAAAGCCUCACGCUGUGAUCAUCAGCAUAGGCCGGGGGCCACUUAUCGACGAGGUAGCCAUGACACAAAUGCUGCAAGAUGGACGUUUGAGAGGUGCCGCACUGGACGUUUUCACGACGGAGCCCCUGCCGACGGACAGCCCCCUUUGGGGCCUGGAAAAUGUGCUGCUGAGCCCCCACAACGCCGACCUGGCAGCCCACUAUCUGAGCGACAGCGUCCGCAAGUUCGCGGAAAACGUCGACAAUUUUGUCAAGGGCGACGAGAUGUCGAUCCACGUGGUUAACAAGAAAGCCGGGUACUGAUGAUCGUCUUGCCUGCAUAUCGCCACUACUCCGGGCUUGGCUGAUGUAGUCGUAGUGACUGGCUUAUUCGCGAGCCGGCUAACGCCGCCUCCAUUGUUGCGUGUUGCCGUCGUGUUCAUCGAUAAACUACUCACUCACUCAUGGUUCCAAAACCAGCCCCAAGGCCGAUGUCGAAUUCUCAAACUUCGUUUGACGGGAAGACCGGCGGAGGGACAGGGAGAGAGAGAGAGAGAGAGAGAGAGAGGCGUUUCCUGCACUCCACUCAAUUUUUGGUGCAUGCAAGUGCAUGCGCAAGGAUUUGCGAAUUGAAUGGGAGUGCAGGGAUCAACAAGAAGAAUGGGGGGUGGGAGGUGUGUUGCGUCGACCAAUGGUCUACGAUGAUCUGAUGUCGAGCCCGUUGUACUAAUACGGACUGCCAGUGUUGUGUUUGUUUUCGGUUCCUCGUAGGUGUGUGUACCUAACUUUGUUUUAUUAUUGGUUCCAUGUUGUGUCAUCAUCUCUUGAUGUUUGUGUCAGUCAGGUGGUCUUUGGUCGCUGAUUUUUUCUUUUUUUUGUGCACGGAUGGAUGGAAUGCUUCGGUUCAAUACUUUCCUCUGGGGAACAUAGGGUGGAUUGGCGUGGG